GCAUUGUAUGAUUGUUCUACCCUUGUUUCCACUCUCUCUACCCUCCCCGUAUUCUGUGACCACCGGGACCUCUCAAGUACCGCACCAGUUCACAUUGAUGUCGAUGGAACAGGACACCGGGGCACUGCCACGGCGCAGUGCCAGGCUCGCAGUUCGUGCCCGCCCUGUGGUACCUCCAAGACCCAAGAGACUCAGCAAGCGGAAGACUCCAGCAGCAUCAAGUACAACAUUGACGGUACCAGACACCACCGGAGUUCUUCCCGCAUGCCCGGUCCGAGGGGCCAGUGAGCCGUUGGCUGACUAUCUCGGGCGGCUACAGGUAUUUACAGAUGUCGUAGCUGCCGCCAAUGCUCAGCAGGAGGCAGCAGAGGCAGAACGUCAGCAGUUGGCCAAUGAGGCGGCAGCCCAAGCUCAGCAGACGGCUGAGGCCGACGCAGCGGCACGAGACCAAUGGAAUGCCGCCAGCACGCAAUCCCUGAUUCGUAAUGAGAAUCAGUGGACAACAAUCCUCGAAGGCAUGAUCUUUGUGCCUUCGGAAGAGCAGGCACAUCCAGCACCGGCGGAGGCGGAGAGGACUCACCUGGCUAACGUGAUGUUGACGAUGAUGCGAGCGAUCAUGUGGAACAAUACGAUGUUAGAGGUGCAAAUACACGAGGGCAGACAGCUGCGACAGAUUCGGCAGAAGGAUUCUGCAGCCUUAUCAGUUGCUGUUCGCACUACCGCCACACAUCAGCAACAACAGCAACAACUGUUGAACACCACCACCGCACGCGUCAGCAGCAUCGAGGCUAAGACCUCAGCAGCGCCAGGCUGCACGACAGACGAGACGAAGCAGCUCAAUGGGCGCAUCGAUCGCGUCGUCAAUCUCAUCGGCGGUGUUUCCAAUGAGCCGGACACGAUCAGCAGCACGGUGACCGCCAUCAAGAUAAACAUCACCAAGCUGCAGACGAGACCGGACGCCACUACGAAGAACUACAAGAUGCCGCACUUCAACAUCAGCAAGUUCGACGACCACAACAAGACGGACGCUUUGGCAUGGUGGCAACGUUUCCUCACGGAAGCAUCAUGCCGCACUGUCCCGGACGACUAUCUGAUGAAGGCGUUAUACUUACAGCUGAUUGGAGGAGCGCAGGCAUGGAUGAACCAUCUGGCGGCUACCCACACAUGCACCAUCGCCGAACUUCACACGCACAUUACGUGGAAGGAUUUCGAGAAGCUAUGGUUCACCCGUUUCAUGGUCCGCAACAUCGUGAAGGCGGCCAUGAACGAAGUGUAUACCUGCUCUCAAGGGAAUACGCCAACUCGAGACUGGACAACCAAGUGGCAGAAGAUAGUGACCACGCCAGGCUUCGAUUUGAGUUUCACCAAUCAACGAUCCGAGUUCUUCUCGCGAUCGUGCGCAGGACUACGAUCGGCACUCGGCAACGAGUACGAGUACGAUUCAUUCCAGGCCAUUCUGGAUCGCGCAAACUUGGUCAUCCAAACGGAUGACAAGGCCACAAACGAACAGCAGUCCCAGCCACAUUAUGUGGCUAAGCAUGGCUAUCAACGUCCGACACAUAACAAUGUCGUGAUUUCGGAAGAAACAAACGAUCUCCACGUUGCAGCAGCAUCCUCGAGUGAUGGAGGAAUUGUAGCAGCGCUCCCGCCGAAGCGUCCCAAGAGAGUUCGAAAGAACAAGGCGACACAAGAGACGACAUCGACGGGGACUGGGCCGCAACCAUGGACGACUUACAAGAUAACCACGGAUGUCUACGACCUCCGUCAAAAGUGCGGAUACUGCCUUUGGUGCAACGACAUCAUGCAUUUGACCGCACAAUGCCCCGAAAAGGGCACGGCACGUGUAUCCCGUUACCACCAGAUUGAAAUCCAGCCUCAAGAUCGGUACAAGACCGCAUUCAAGACGCGGUACGGGCAUUUUGAGUGGGUUGUCAUGCCCUUUGGCCUCACCAAUGCCCCCGCAACUUUUCAAGCAGCUAUGACGACUGAGUUUCGCGACUUGCUCGAUCGCAGCGUCCUCAUCUACCUCGAUGACAUCUUGGUCUAUAGCAGGACGUUGGACGAACACAUCACACACCUUCGCGCUGUUUUGAAUCGUUUGCGACUGGCCAAGUACAAAGCGAACCACGACAAGUGCGAGUUCGCCAAGCAAGAGCUUGAGUAUUUGGGCCACUACCUUAUGCCAGAAGGCAUUCGUCCCUUACCGAACAAGAUCCAAGCCAUCGUGGAUUGGCCGGAACCCCGUUGCACGAUGGACGUACACUCUUUCAUGGGAUUGGCUGGAUAUUAUCAGCGAUUCGUCGAGUCAUACUCGAAAGUGGCAGCUCCUUUGUCGAGACUUCAGUCCCCGAAGGAAGAAAGAGCUACUCGCGUUCGUCACCAUUCUCAAAGGGUGGCGCCACUUUCUUCUCGGUCGUCGGCGUUUAAAUGGAAUACGGACAACAAUCCGUUGACCUUUUACAAAACGCAGGAUACGGUCACUAGUGCAAUCGAUCGAUGGAUGUAUUACAUUGACCAGUUCGACUUUGACCCGUGCCACAUUCCCGGUCCCGCCAAUCGAGCUGCGGACGCCCUCUCACGACGGCCCGACUUUUGUGCCAUUGUGACCACGGCAUUCGACCUCGAUGACGAUCUGCAACCGCAUUUCGUCAAAGGCUACAAGUCCGAUCCGACUUACUCUACGCUUUACGCGGAGCUUUCAUCGGACCACCCGCCGGCUAGCCACUAUCGGAUUGCAGACGGGUUCCUUCUCCUUCACACGAGAGGAAAGGACUUGUUAGUUGUGCCCCAAGAUCGCAUCUUACRGACUCGUCUUCUCGGCGAAUUCCACGACGCACGACUUUCGGCACACCUUGGCGUGAACCGCACACUAGCACGCCUCCGCCAGCGUUUUCACUGGCCCGACGUCCUUCAUGACRUCACGMGGUACAUUGAGUCAUGUGCAGUUUGCCACCGWAACAAGGGUCGAUCUCGAGUCCCCUUCGGYGARCUGAAACCGUUGCCGAUCCCUCGGGCACCACGCCUCUCCAUUGCUAUGGACGUGACAGGCCCGUUUCCCCGCGAUUGCCACGGCCAUGACGGUAUUCUCACGGUCGUUGACCGUUUGAGCAAGUAUGCUCGCUUCCUUCCUUGCAAGUAUCAUGCUGCAGCACCCGAGCUCGCACGACUCUUGCACACCGGUUGGAUUACCAACCAGGGUGUUCCGGAAGACAUAGUGAGCGACCGAGACACUCGCUUCAUGUCAGCCUUUUGGACUUCCCUCAUGGCUGAGUCUGGUACGACAAUGAAGCCGAGCUCGGCUCGGCACCCGCAGACGGAUGGCCAGACGGAGCGAGCGCACCAGACCGCUCACAUGAUGUUGCGUACGCUCAUCCGUCCCGACCAGAAAGAUUGGGUUGACCGGCUUCCCGACAUCGAGUUCGCCUAUAACACUUCGGUGCACCCGGCGAUCUGCAUCACACCUUUCGAGCUACAACAUGGUGGAGAGAAAGCACGGAUCUUCGCUGAUCUCCUUUUGCCACAGGCUGCCGACAUAGACGUCCCUUGCUCUCCCGCUUCCGUUCGGAAGUACCCGGACUUGCUAAUCAAAGCCCGCACAAAUAUGCAAAAGGCUCAGAUCCGCAUGCAGCAGCAGGCUAACCGACGUCGACUUCCAUGUCCUUUCCGCGAGGUGGACCUUGUUUGGGUCCUCUCCAAGGAAUUUGCGCUCGAGCAGGACGUUUCGCGCAAACUCCUUCCGAAAUGGUUCGGACCAUGGGAAGUCACUUCUGCCGUUGGAGACGACCCCGCAGGUCCUUCCUUCGUGAUCAACAUUCCACCGCACCUUACAGUGCAUCAGGUCUUCCAUGCAUCGAAGCUGGCCAUCUACACGCCACCUUCAGUUGACGAGUUUCCCGGACGUCGAUCACAUGAUCCGCCUUCUAUGGACGGACAUCAGGAAGUGGACYRAGUCAUCAYGCACCGCAAGUAUGGCWACAAGCCAAUGCAGUACAAAGUCACAUUCAAGCAAUGUGCGCCUGACGACACUCGGUGGAUCUCUAGUGCAGACUUGCAGACUUCUGCACCCCUCAUCUUCGCCAACUAUGAGAAGGCACGACUUGCCAAGGCAGCAGCUCGUCCCACCCGACCCAUCCCGGUAUCGGACAGACAACUCCUACCUCGCAGGUAGCUCGGUCUUUUAAGAGGGGGAGUGUGUUACAUCUUCGACGCCACACGGGUCCUACCCGACCCGACAUAGGGGUAGA